AUGAGCGGUUGGCUGAUGUCGCUAGUUGAGGGGGCUACCGGCGCGCCGGUGGCCGUGGAGGAGUUUGGCCCCGCCCCGGUGUGCUUCGAGGAGGCCGUGGUGUCCAGGAGAAACCUGGCCGGUAUGAGCACGGAGAGGCUCCUAGAGGCGUUCGACUUCAUCCGGUGCAAGGCCAGGGCAAAGUGCAGCGUCGCCGACGCGCCCGGAGCCGGCAACAAAACUACAAACCUCCGCGUCACCAUUCUCUUCCGCACGGGCGGCCGGUCCUUCAAGGACGAGGCCGGCGUCGAGCGGGUGUUCCACAAGGAGUGCAGGCGUGUAGCCGGGCCAAGCUGCGUGAUGACCGUCGCACAUUCGGACAACCUGACCUUCUGCGAUCAGGUGCGGCUACUGAGCAGGACGGACGUGUUCAUCUCGGCGCACGGGGCGCAGAUGACGAACCUGGUGUUCAUGGACCGGAACAGCAGCAUCAUGGAGUUCUACCCGAUGGGGUGGAGGCAGCGGGCGGCUGGCGGGCAGUUCGUGUUCCGGUGGAUGGCGAGCCGUGCAGGGAUGCGCCACGAGGGCUCGUGGUGGGACCCCUCCGACGACCCUUGCCCUGAUGGUAAGCCGGACAUUUUCAGCUGCUUCAAGAACCGGCAGAUCGGGAUGGACGAGGCCGCCUUCAACGAGUUCACGGCCAAAGUUUUCACCGCUAACAAGGAGCGCAAGUCGGCGAAGGCGCGGCGAUGGCAAGAAGCGGGAACUAAUUGCAAAUGCAGCUAG